AGCUUGUCAACCCUUUCCCUCUGUACAGCAUUGUCCGAUCACCAUGCCACAAAGAGAGCUCCAUCCUGCAGCCAUGUGACAGAGACCUGGCACCAAGCACCCGCGCCUGCUUCGAUAUGUCGACACGAGUAAGAGAGCUCCCAGUUGAAAUCAUCGGCAAGGUUCUGGACUACAUCGAGCCGCAACAUGAUACAGGAAACGACAUUGACCGGAGAGCAUUCCUAAGCGUUGAGAGCUUCGAUCGACCACCGGAUCCCUCACGGGUAUCAAUAGCCGACAUUGGAAACUUCAGAUGCGCCUCAAAAAGAUUCGCUGAGAUUGCCGCGGAUCGCUUAUUCGGUCGUGUCGCUUGUCGAUUCUCGAGCACUGGUCUACAGAAGUUGGAACAGCUUGCACAAUGGAAGCACCUAGCGCGGCAUGUGAAAAGAUUUACUUACCUCGUACCUUACUUCUACAGAGGCGGCACGACACAACUCAGCCAACUCGAAGACGAACUCCGGCGAUGCGGCUUCCAAUCCUCAGACCUCCAAAACCUCCAUCGUAAAGCCAGGGAGCAAGUCUCCAUCUGCUCCCAGAGAGAAGACGUCCGCAUUCUCAAACUCGCAAUCGCCUCUUUUACUGGCCUGAAAGUGAUCCAACUUCUCCGUGUCGCCGAUCCAGAAGAUCACAAACUCCUCGACUACCUCCGGCACCAUGCCUCCGACCUCUCCCUCGACUGGACAACAGCCUGCUCACACGCCUCCCAGACCAUCGGCAGCGCCCUCCUCGCCGCCCGCAACAUCCCUUGGUCACGCUUCUCUUUACCCAUGCUCAGUCCCUCCUCCGCGCUCUUCCUCCAAGUCAAUGGUCCGGACGCCAUCCCCGCUCUCGCUGAACGUCUCGAAUGUCUGACCCUCCACUUCGACGAUCCAGAAGCGCUCGAUGAGAAGAUCCUCGAACUAUCUCCCCUCUUCAGAGCAGUCUUCUUCCGCGCUCGCAAUAUGCGUGCCAUACACGUGGGAUUCCCGUCCCAUCGUCCUCUUACCCUGUCCCUCGAAACAGUAUUUCACAACGUCGUGUGGCCCAAUCUCCAAGCGUUCGGCGUUCAAGCGUGGGAGCUGGAUGAAGAGGAGAUCAUCGCGCUGGUGCAGCGACACAAAACCAAACUCAAAGGCCUGAGGUUGCGAGAUGUGCAGUUGAAAGCGGGAAGUCGAUGGAAAAAUGUGCUGCCGGUGUUGAGGGAGCAAGUGCCAGAGUUACGGUGGGUCAGUCUCAGACGGAUCGGCUACGCGGAAUUUUGGCACACACAGCAAGGCGGGAUGCAAGGCGGUACAGAAGUACCAGAGGACUUGUUGGUCAGUGAUAGUGAUUCCACGGAGGAGGAAGACGAGGUCGCGGAUGAGAGCGAUGGUGGAGAUGAGGACGAAGCAUUGGGUAGCGACUCGUCUUCUGACGAUGCUCACUCCGACUCUGAUGAGGAACACGGUCCCAAUGCGAAUGAGAUGGAAUUUCCUCCGCUGGACUCGCCCAUCGCAACGACUACGCCAUGGUGCACGUGUGCUGGAGAGGGUCGACUAGAUAGCGCGGAGGAAUUGGAGGAUAAUGGCGUGCAGGUGGAGAAUUCGAAGAGGAAGUUUUGGGAGCGAUGGGUUGUGAGGAGAUGUCCCGUGCAUGGAGACAGAGGAGGAUGA